AUGGUGCGCCGAAGUCCUGGCUUCAUAAGUAAGAAGCCUCAUCGCAAGUCGAGAGGCGGAUGCCUAACAUGCAAGCGCAAGAAAGUGAAGAUCCUGCGCCACUUCCAACCCUCCAUAAUCACCGCGUCUGGCCCCCUCUCCCCCCUCGAACUCUCCCUCCUCCACCACUACCAAACAACAACAUGGAAAACCUUCGUCGUCCGCGGCAACACAAAUACGCACGCCAUCCAUCACACCCUCGUGCCUAAAAUGAGCAUCGCCCACCCACACCUACUCUACGCCAUCCUGUCAAUCUCCGCAUCCCACCUCGCCGCCCUGCAACCGGCCUCCCACCUAACAUCCACGGCCCUCCUAUACCGCCAAAAAACCUACCAAACCUACGUGAAAGAACUCGCAGCCAUCACGCCCGACAGCUACGAGGCGAUUGUCACGACUGCAUAUUUUCUACUCACGCUCAUCCCGCGUCCAGGUCCUGACACGCCCGACGAAGAGUGUCUGGAGUUCAUGAUGACGCUGCUUAAACUCAGCGAGGGGCUGCGCAUACUCGUGACGCUGCGCUGGUCCCAAGGGAUCGAGAAACUCGCGGUAUAUCCCUUGAUAUGUCGAGAAUUGCGAAGUUUGCCGCCGGCGCCGGUUGUUGUGACGGAGGUGCAGGUGAGGCCCGGACCCGUGGGAAGUACGCCUGCGCAUCCGAAUCCCGCGGCGACGUACGACGAGUACGUACUGCCAUUUGCAGCAUCGGUCUUCUUGCCUCCACCGUUACUCGGGCUGUUGGAGAGUAUUGUGAAGCCGGCGGAUGGGGUGUUGGACGUUGAUGCUAACACACUUAUUCCCGUAUUCCACGUACUCUCGCCGGUGUUUUUGUCGUUGUAUUAUUACCACCUGAACCCGGAUUUCAACGUGCGGAUAGUUGUCUUCACGUCGUUUCUCAUGCCGGAUUUCUUGGCGCUGGUUAAGGCGAGGGAGCCGAGGGCGUUGGUGCUGAUGGCGUGGUUCUUUGUGAUGUCGGAUAUGGUCCCGAAUGGGUGGUGGGUGGGGAACAAGGUGGGCGUGGUGGCGCAGGCGUUGAGUAGGACGGUUAGGAAAGUUGGAAGUGAGAAGGUUAUUGAAGCGUUGGAGGGAGCGGAGAGGGUUAUUGAUGUUCAUCAGAGGGAGGGAAGGGAGAGGGCUGCGGAGAGUGUGUUUGAUGGCUGGGAAGGGGCCGAGGAGGGCGAGAGAGUGGGAAAAAGGGCUGGCGAAUUUGACCAAGGGUUUUGA